AUAGGGAAAUAAUUGUAAGUAAUUUUUAGGAGGGUAGAUGCCCGGUGUUCACCGUGCAGUGAGACGCAACCCUGACGCAACCUGUCUGUAAAAUAUAGCGUUGAAGGAGGACACAAGGUUUUCCCUAUGUUGUUCUUUUUCGUGCGCAUAUUUUUUUAAGCUGGUUUCUUACACCUUGUUCGUCCAGCUUUAAAAAAUAAUCGAAUGGUGUUUUACUCUACCCUCUUAUUUUUUAUUAAAUUCAAACAUAAAAUAGUUCGUAAGUUUUAUAUCAAAUAUAGCAAUGUCUAACAUCAAUAUGAUGCAUAUACACGAAUAUUCACAGAAGGAAGAAUAUCAAAUACUUUAAGGUUAAUAAUUUUUAUUUAUCUCUAUGUAAAGUCAAAUUUAAUUUUUAUACAGUCGAUAGAAUUUUUUCUGAAGAACUAUUAAUGGGACAAAAAUAGGGAGAGAGAGAGAGAGAUCUUCCUUGUUUAGAAUUUUUCACUUUUAUAAAAUUUAAUUUUUUUUUUUUUUUAUUCUGCUACAAGAAACAUUAAAACCAUUGAGUUUGGGCAUGAUUUCAAAAAACAUUUAAGAAAUCAUUGUAUUGCAGUCAACUUUUUGUAUAUAUAUAUAUAUAUAUUUUUUUUUUUUAUAAUCUAGUAGGGCAUUGAUAAUUUCAAUGACCACACUGUAACAAAAUAUAAUCUUAUGAAAAUUAAAUAUAAUAUAUUAUACAUGAAAAUGCUUUUCUCUUACCUAGUAUAAAGGUAAUAAAGUUAUAAUAAUGGUUAUAGAUAGUGGUUUAGCCAAAUAUGGAAAGAGGUCCUCGAACUCAUAAAGUUUAAGAACCGCUGAUUUAUGAAAAGAUGAAAGGAAUUUUUAAUGUUUUAUAAAUAUAUUUGGAAUCAUUCCAUCAUAUUAUUAACUUAUUCGCGUUCCAAACGGAGUAUAUAUAUAUAUAUGUAUUAUAUAUAUUAUAUAUAUUCUUGAAGAGUUGGAACAGAACGAAGAGUGUAUACAUAAUAUACAUAGUCAAAAAAUUGGCAAUAUGAAUAAGAGUGUGAAAUAUCGUAAGUAAGGUUUGUACGUCAUCUUUGAUUUAUUAGCAAUGCGUUUCGCAUACGAAUGACAUUAUUUUACAAAUCAUUGAGCUUUCCGUUUAUUUUUCGUUUACCAUUAAUAAUCGACAUAUGAUAAAUGUCGUAAAAUAUUAUUUACCAUUAUUAUUGUAAUUAUUUAAUUAAUCCAAGUCUUGUCAAUUUUUAAUAGCAUUAAAAUAAUGCAAUAAUAAAAUGCAUUGGUAGAUGAUGUAAUAAUUUUAUUUAUGAAAAUCUUAAAAAUGAUCUUAAAUGGGUAGAUCGCGAUGAACUGUAUUAAAACAUGGCAAACAAUAAUAAGGAUUGCUAGUACAAUUUCCACAAAAUGUUGUUACUUUUUUUGUACGAUUUUUUGCAAAUUCUCGACCAAAUUUCUUCACAUUUUCUUCAUAGCAUCUUUUACAUCGUCGUCUAGUUUGCCGUGCACUUCCAUUUUUGCUCUGUAUUUCAUGAUGCCUUCUAAUGGUAAGUUGCAUUCUAGGCAAAGAUGUGUCAGUAUUAUUUAGAUGUUCCGUCAAUUGUUUAACUAAUUUUUGUCGGAAUUCCAAAAUAGAUAUACGAUUGUUUAUUAUAUUAUUAUGCAUUAUCCAAGCAUUUAUUACAGAGGUAUUAAAUAAAAGUUCGAAGGCCAGUCUUUUAUACCAUUUCUGGCCUUUUCUCAAUGGACUGAGAUAUGAUGUCAUGUGAUCGGAUAAAUCAACAUAUGAUUUACUGAUAUUAUAAUCUGCAAUAAUUUUUGGUUUAAUACAAUUAUUCCUUCGGCCAUUAACUGUAACCAUUUCUGUAGAAUGUUUAGUUGAAAGCAUGAGUACAUUCCGUUUAUCCUUCCAUUUCAAAAUAGUUAUACCAUUUUUAUGUUCUCUUGCAAUUAUUUCACCCCUUUGUAGCUUUUUUGACAAUAUGUCUUUUGGAAUGUCGCGACGAUUAACUUGAAGAAUUCCAAUCGAAUGUGUAUCAACGGAAAGUAAUUUUUCAGCUAAAGCAAUACUUGUAUAUCUUUUAUCUGUACAUAAUGUAUGUCCAAGAUUUAUUAUAUUUUGACAUAGAGACAUUACAACACUUAUGGGUGUCGUUUCUUCUGUAUUUGUAGUUUUCCCUGCAUAUACUUGAAAAGAAUUUGUAUAUCCAGAUGUGCUGCAUAACUUAAAUAUUUUUAUAUAUUGUCUAAAUAUAAUUCGUCCACGGAAUGGGAUAAUAGAUUCAUCAAUACAAACAGUUUCACUAGGAUUAUAAUAUUCUUUAAAAUUUUUAUUUAAUGUAUCAAUCAACGUUUGUAACUUAUACAAUAAGUUAUUUGGAUUACUAAUUUGCUCAUUGUCUGCAAAGUGAAGCAUUCUCAAUAAUAUUUCAAAUCGAUUGCGAGACAUAACAGUACGUGGAAAACUUUGAGCAAAUAAAACAUCUUUCGUCCAGUAAAGUUGUAUAGUUGGAAGUUUUACCAAUCCCAUCCACAUAAUUAAACCAAAGAGCUGUUUAAUUUCAUGUAUAUUAGUGGGAAUCCAUUUACUCAAUCGCUCGGAUUGAUUUCUUUCCAUCAUUUGGUUUGCGUAAAGAUUAGUUUGAUUUACAAUCAUCUGGAUUAUUUCUUCAUUUAAAAAUAAUGAGUAAAAAUCUAUUGGUGAAUUACAUUCUAAAACUUUAUUAUUUGUUACAUUGAUACCAGGUAUGCCGGAAAAAGAUUUCAAAUUGGGUUGAUUGCCAAUUGGAUUAAACCAUAUUUGAUUGCUAUUAUUGCUAUCUGCAUACCAGUCACUUUCAUGUUCACUCUCAGUUUCAUCAUCAGAUAUGACUCUACAACGUUUAAUUGUAGAUGAUUUGUAUAUUUCACUUGAUGAAUCACUCAAAACUUCUUCAGAUGACAUAUGUAUUUCUGACAAUGAAAAUAAUUUUACAAUACAAUGGUAUAAUAUAUGUGCGUAAAAAAAUCUGACUGUUAUAUUGCUCAACAAGUAAAGUUCAAUAAUUACGAUAAAAAACAAAAUGAUACGGUAUAAAUGUUUGUUACACAAUUUCUCUUCUGUUUAUGGUGCAACGGGCAUCGAUGGGGAACAGACAAAUAAAUAUAUUACAUAUCAUAUUUUCAUGCAAUUUAAUACUGUAAUUCAAUUCAGUUUUCUAUUAUUCUUUUUUAAUACAAGUAAAUAAUAUAAUCCAUGUGACAUGGACUGUCAAAAUAGGCAUGGCGGUCAAUCUGUUAAUAUCGACGUUUCCAACUGUUUUUAGUGAAUUGUCGGUAACAUAGGUUGUGAUAUCUAAGAGAUAAAUAUUAAGCAGCAUUAAAUCUAUGUUAUAUCUUAUCCAUGGCAAAACCCUUCUAAAAAAUCGAGCCCUUGUGCUUUGUGAUUCUAGGAUGGAAGGAGAUGUAGGUGUAGACAUAAUUUCAUCAAAAGAGUGUUUUACAAAGACAUUUAUAAUGUCUUCGGUUCAACGAGCUUUUGCUCAUAAAUUGAGCAAACAGCAUGCAGCGGAUGUAAGACGACAAAUUGCUAUUUCUACCUCAUAUUCACGAGAUUUAUCAAAAAGUGGUAGUAGUAUUUCAGGUUUUUCUUCUACUAUGUCUUUGUGCGAAGUAUUAGAGCCAUUAGAUUAUGAAGAAUUUCUUGUACAACAUCAAUCAGUUUUAGACAGAGAUCCAUUACGACCAAUAUUAGAUUUUCCUCUUGGAGAUGUCGAACUUAGAAUUGUCAAACGAAAAAUUCGUACGGAAGAACCAAUAGUGCCAUAUGAAUUAUUGGAUACAGUAUCACCUUAUGUUAGAAGAUGUAUUGAAAGUUUUACUUCAGAUUGGGUUAUGGUACAUAGAAAAUAUAAAGGAAGAGUAUCUCCUAUUGCUAGAGAUAGAUUACUUCAAGAUACCCCUAGACAAGAUUUUGAGGUAGAUCAAGAAGAUACAAAUUGUUCUGGAUCACCGAAUGAAGAAGAAGAUUUAUCAAAUUGUGGAGAUACACCAAGAGGUUCCUGGGCAAGUUUGGAUUUAAGACAUUCUCAACAUGAUCCACUUCUUCCAAGCUUAUUGGAUAGAGUAUGUCCAGAAACGAUUGAUCAAAUGAAUGAACAAAAACGUUCUGAGGAUAGACAAGAAGCUUUAUUUCCUUUAUAUGCUCUUCCAACUUCUCCUGAUGAUGAAUGGCAAGAAAUUAGUGCUGCACCUGAACCAUCUGAUCCUUUUUCUCAUAAAAUUCUUGUAAAAUGUCUUCAAUUAAAAUUGGAGUUGGAAGUUGAACCAAUAUUUGCUAGUCUUGCAUUAUAUGAUGCCAGAGAGAAGAAGAAGGUGUCAGAAAAUUUUUAUGUAGAUAUGAAUUCAGAAGGUUUAAAAAGAAUGCUUGGAGGACAUAUAGUUUACAGUGAUGCUAGUACAUUAGCCAGAAGUUGCGUUAUGAGUAUUAGUAAACCAAGUCCAGAUUUAUUUUUGGUUGUCAGACUUGAAAAAGUAUUACAAGGUGAUAUUUCAGAGUGUGCAGAACCAUAUUUACGUGAGGAUAAAAACAAGGAAAAAGUAAAAGCAGCUGCUGUAGCAGCAUGCGAACGAUUGGGUCGUUACAGGAUGCCCUUUGCAUGGACUGCAAUUCAUUUAUCUGGAGUUAUAGGUGGUGGUGGUGGCGAUACAGAUAGCACCGGCAGUGCAGGCUCAUUAGACAGAAAAUCAGGUGGUUUAGAACAAUGGCGAAAAAAGGUAGAAACUCCAACUCGACGUGGUUCUUUAGAAAGACGUAGUUCUGAUAAAAGAAGGAGUUGGUCACCUGACGAUUUUGCUAAUUGUCUUGAUACUUUCAGACCUAUUACAUUAACAGUUUCAAGUUUUUUCAAACAAGAAAGUGAACGACUUAGAGAUGAAGAUUUAUAUAAACUUUUAGUCGAAUUACGACGUCCAGGUUCUAAUUUGAAACGAUUAAAAUGUAUACCAGGCAUUUUAAAAUUAGAUCUUAGUCCCAGACCCGAGGAAUUACCUAGAUGUCUUGAUCCUGAUCUUAGAAGAUUGAUACCAUAUCCUGACGAAAAAAGUCGGCCUGUAAAAGAAAUACUUGAAUUUCCUAGUGAAGUUAUUUCGCCAGAUUUAACAUACCGUAAUCUACUCUACGUUUAUCCAAAGGAGGUAAACUUUAGUUCUAGAACAGGUUCAGCACGCAAUAUAACUGUUCGUAUUCAGCUUAUGGGUGGUGAACAAGAAGCAGAUGCAUUAACAGCUAUAUUUGGAAGAUCUUCUUGUCCUGAAAUGACACAUGAAUGUUUCACAUCCGUUUCCUAUCACAAUAAAAAUCCAAACUUUUAUGAUGAAAUAAAGAUCAGACUUCCUGCUGAUUUAGGUGCUAAACAUCAUUUAUUGUUUACUUUUUAUCAUAUUAGUUGUCAGAAGAAAGCUGAACAACCGAAUGUUGAAACGGCCGUAGCUUAUACGUGGCUACCACUUUUAAGAGAUGGACAUCUUCAAUCUGGUGAAUUCAGUUUACCUGCAAUGUUAGAUCCACCUCCAGCAAAUUAUUCUUAUAUUGCCCCUGAUGUUCUAUUACCAGGAACUAGAUGGGUAGAUGCUCAUAGAGGAGUUUUUACAGUUAUAUUAGAGCCAGUGUCCAGUGUACAUCCGCAGGAUAAAUAUAUUGAUAGAUUUUUAUCGCUUUGUGGCUUUUUGGAAACUGGACAAGUACCACCACGUAUUGGAGAGGCAGGAAUGGAAUCUGAGUUAAAGUCAGCUCUUAUGGAAUUAGCACGAGCUUCUCCUUCUGCCUUGGUUCGCUCGUUGCCACAAUUGUUAGAUCAGUUAAUCGCACUUUUAGUGCGACCACCUACUUUACCAUCUCAGUCAUUAAACGUAGCAGCUACUAUUUUCGAAGCUCUAGGUCUUUUAGUUCGCAAUAUAACAAAUUUACCGGAUGGUCAAGUGGAUGCACAUGGAAGACAUGCAUUAUUAGCUACAUACAUAGCAUACCAAUGUUCAUUACCUUCAACAUCUCAAACCCCAGGAGUCAUGAGAGCUCAAAGUAAUCCUGAUUUGCCUGUGGAGGAUUUAGAAAUGGAAGUACAUUCUCGAGGGCUAGAUAGAACGGCAUCAAUGAGACAGGAAUCUCCAUCAAUAAACAGUCAACCAUCUAGAAGAUUACUGCACGAAGAAAUAGCAUUACAUUGGGUGGUUUCAACGGGACAGGCACGAGAAUUAGCCAUAACUCAUUCUUGGUUUUUCUUAGAAUUAAUAGUACGUUCUAUGGUUGUAACAUUGUCGGAAUUGGGUAUAUUGGAAGCACCAAGAAAAUCAAGAUUUUCACCACAAUUUUGUGACGAUAUAGCAACACUUGCUGCAGCUCUAACAUCAGAAGUUAUUUCUCGUUGUGGAAAAGAAAAUCGCGUAGCAUCGAACUUAGUUUCAAGUCUUGGCAAUUUUCUGUCUGAUUUAUUAUCGGUCAUGGAUAGGGGAUUUGUAUUAUCUCUCGUUCGUGCUACAUGUUGUUCUUUGUCAGAUGCGUCCAUGCAUAUUCCUGACUCUGCUGCUCUUUUUGCAUUGAAACUUGAUCUAGUAAGAACAGUAUGUUCGCACGAACAUUACGUAGCUCUGAAUCUUCCAUUUGGUACCGGAUAUACAUCAGGAUCCGCUCCAGCAUCUCCUAGUCCAUCCACUGGUAGUUCUGGAAGUUUAAUAUCUACUCUUGUUCCUGGAGAUCGAGCUAGAUUCUCUGAAUUGAGUCAAGAAUUUCGACAACAGCAUUUUCUAGUUGGACUAGUUUUAUCCGAUUUGGCUAACACUUUGGAAAUACCAAAUCCAAUGUUACAAAACAAGGCCAUUGGCACAAUUCGUUAUCUUAUGGGUUGUCAUGAUGUCGAUCCUAGAUAUUCUGAACCUGCAGCUAAAGCUAGAGUUGCUGCUUUGUAUCUUCCUCUUCUGUGCAUUAUUAUGGAUGCUUUGCCUCAAUUAUAUCAUUGGGAUUCUAAAGAUAAAAGCGUUUAUCCAGACGAAUCUGGAUCUAUUACGCAAUCGGUUGCAUUGGCCAUAGCUGGCGGAGCCUCUGCUGAUACAGCAGGAUCACAAUGUCGUGUUUCCUUAAGUUCAGAAGCAACAAGGCAUCUUUUAAUGUGUGCCUUGUGGAUACUUAAAGGCUUAGAGAGAAGUGCACUUGGACAAUGGUGUUCGGAAUUAAGUUCUAGACGCGUUUUAAGUAUAUUACAAGUUCUAAAUAUUGCGACGGCAGCUUUUGAAUACAAAGGUAAAAAAGCUUUGAAAAGAUUGCCUCCACAAGCUGCAGCUACUAGCGAUAUUCGUUCAAGAUUGGAAGAUGUUAUACUCGGUCAGGGUAGUGCUAGAAGCGAAAUGAUGUUGCGCAGAAAAGAAAGAGCAAGUGGCGAUAAAUUGAGAUGGAGAAAAGAUCAAAUGCCUUAUAGAUCGUGCGAACAACCAGAGGGAAGAGCAGUGGAGCAAGAUGCUCACAUAGAAGGUGCCUUAGCAGCUGAAGCUUCACUUGUAGUUCUAGAUACUUUAGAGGCAGUUGUACAAGCAGAUGGAGGAGGAGGUGCAGUAGUUGGAGCUGUACUGAAGGUAUUACUAAGAGCAUUAGCUAGGAAUCAAAGCACAUCGGUACUCCAACAUAUGUUUAAUACUCAACGUGCUUUAGUUUUUAAAUAUCAUAGCGCUCUUUUUGACGAGGAAAGCGAAAGAUGUGGCGAUUUAUGUUUAACAUUACUUACAAGGUGUAGUUCACCAUUAAGCGCUAUUAGAAGUCAUGCAGCGGCUAGUUUAUAUUUAUUAAUGAGACAAAAUUUCGAAAUUGGAAACAAUUUUGCACGAGUUAAAAUGCAAGUUACAACGUCGUUGUCGGCUCUAGUUGGUAGAGGAAGAGCACCUAGUGAAGGAGCUCUUCGAAGAGCAUUAAAAACAGUAUUGGUAUAUGCAGAACGUGAUACAGAAUUAGCUGACACAAGUUUUCCGGAGCAAGUCAAGGAUUUGCUUUUUAAUUUGCAUAUGAUAUUAUCAGACACUGUUAAAAUGAAAGAGUUCCAAGAAGAUCCAGAAAUGCUUUUGGACUUAAUGUACAGAAUUGCGAAAGGAUAUCAAGGAUCACCAGAUUUAAGAUUAACUUGGCUAGCAAAUAUGGCACAACAACACAUGGAACGAAAAAAUCAUACAGAAGCUGCAAUGUGUCUCGUACAUAGUGCAGCACUUGUUGCGGAAUAUCUUCAUCUUUUGGAACCAGGUGGUGGUGGUAGACCAGUAGGAGCCGUUGCUUUGAGUCCAGUGACACCAAAUGCUUUGGAGGAAAGUGCCGUUGGCGAUGAUGUUUUAGCGAGGAGAGAAGAAGGUUUGUGUUUAGGACCAGAUUUUUCUGAGAGUGGUUUAGCUGGUCUUUUGGAACAUGCCGCAAGUUCUUUUCAAGCUGCUGGCAUGUAUGAAGCUAUCCCUGACGUAUACAGAGUAUUAUUACCAAUAGCUGAAGCUGCACAUGAUUACAAAAAAUUAGCGAAUAUUCAUGGAAAACUUCAUGAAGCGUAUACGCGCGUUGAACAAUUAGCCGGGAAACGUGUAUUUGGCACGUAUUUUAGAGUUGGAUUUUAUGGAGCACGAUUUGGAGAUCUUGCUGGUGAAGAAUUUGUUUAUAAAGAGCCAACAUUGACAAAACUUCCGGAAAUAUUCUCAAGAUUGGAAAAUUUUUAUGCCGAACGAUUUGGCGCAGAAAAUAUAGUUAUAAUCAAAGAUUCGAAUCCUGUUGAUCCAACGAAGUUAGAACCUGACAAAGCAUAUGUUCAAAUUACUUAUGUCGAACCGUAUUUCGAAUUGCAUGAACUUAGACACAGGCCUACUGUGUUCCACAGAAAUUUUAAUAUAAAACGUUUUGUAUACGCAACGCCUUUUACACCCGGAGGCAAAGCUCAUGGCGAACUCAGGGAACAAUGUAAACGUAAAACGAUAUUAACAGUGGCAACGCAUUUUCCUUAUUUGAAGACAAGAAUUCGAGUGGUUGCUAGAAAGCAGAUAGUAUUAAGUCCUAUUGAAGUUGCUAUCGAAGAUAUACAAAAGAAGACAGCUGAGGUUGCAGCAGCUACAGCUCAAGAACCACCAGAUGCAAAAAUGUUGCAAAUGGUUCUUCAGGGAUGUAUAGGUACAACCGUUAAUCAAGGUCCUGCAGAAGUAGCGGUUGUUUUUCUUUCAGGAUUACGAGAACAAAAUGCACAGCCUUCGAGGUUGCAGCAUAAAUUACGUUUAUGUUUCAAAGAUUUUUCGAAAAAAUGUCUUGAUGCUUUACGCAGAAAUAAGAAUCUUAUAGGUCCAGAUCAACGUGAUUAUCAACGGGAGCUAGAAAGAAAUUAUCAAAGAUUGACCGAAAGAUUGGCACCACUUAUUGCGUGGAGCGGACCGUCCUUAGGUAUGCAGUCGAUUACUCCAACAGCAUCAUCCCAUUGGUGUGACAUAGUUGUCAAGUAUAUUUGAGAAAAUGGUUGGGUCUACCGGACAUUGUUACUUCUUAUUCUUGGCCCGUUUUUCGAUCAGCGAGAUGCGUUGAAAAAUUCAUGAAUCCGUCGGAUGACCACGAUCCUUCAAUGUUCUUGCAAGAAUGUAUGUAUGUACGUUUACGUUCCAAAGCGUCCAGGAAAAAGUAAUAAUACUUAUUACAAAGGUGAUAAUUCAAUGCCGGAAGAAAAAGUUCGUUUGAUAUUAUAAUACAUUUAAUGAAAAAUAAUCUUUAACGAUUUAUUAUAAUUAUUGUUAUUAUGACGAUGAAUGAAUACCUUGGGGUGGUGUAAUUUUUAAUAAAUCAAAGAGAAACAAAAAGAAAAAAAGAAAAAAAAAAAAAAAAGAAAAAGGAAAAGAAAAAAGAGAACACAAAACAAAAGAAAAAAGAAAAGAAGGAAACGAAGAAGAAAACAGAGAAUAACUGAAAGAAAAAUGGAUAAAUCCGUGGUUAUUAUGAAUUAAUCAGACGUCUUCAGACGUCGAUGGCUUUCACGUCUUUUCUCGUUUCACUAGGAAUACUCGAACAUCACAAACUCAUCUCACGGUUAUUACAAAGGGGAGUUAUAGGGGUUAGAGGUAAACGAAACUUUCGCGAAACUCCUUAACGAGACGUAACAAGGUCCAUUCUUUAUGGGUGUGCCACGGUUCUCGCGGAAAAUGGUUGGUUGUACACCUGUAAUUCUCGUGAAUCAGGCAAGUUCGGCGAUAAAUAAGAGUAAAAAAAACAAAAAAAAAAAAAAAGAAAAAAAAGGAAAUUAAAAAACGUGAAGUAGGAGUAGCGGUUGUGCUUUUGGCUCUUUUAGCGUAUUGUUCCAUAACAAUGAAUUUGAAGUUGUUGCUUGAACAACAAUAGCAUCCUGCUUUUCUCGUGUUCCGCUGGUAAAUUCAAGGAUGCGUGUAUUUGUAUAUGCAUAAACGUACAAUACACAAGUUACAUGGGAUAACGAAAUUAUUGUGAAAGAACGCUCGAUCUCGUAUUUCAUAGAUUUUUUUUUCUCUUUUUUCUUCUUUCUCUUUUUUUAUUCGUUUGUUUUUUGUUUUGCUUUUUUUUUUUGGUUCUUUUCCUCUGGUUUCCCCCGCCCCUCGCCCCAUCAACGUUACGCACGCAACAUCCGGUGAAAGUUCAUUCUAAACGUCGAUUAGAAAGAUCGUUCUCUCUUUAUCGUUGUAUAGUGAUUGCCAGUCAAGCCAAUUUCGAAAGCAACCAUACCAACAUCGAAAAGUUCGUUCGUUCGAUAGUCAAAUGCACUUUUUAUCUUGAGCAGCUUUUUCGAUAUAGACUCGGAAGCUAUCGAGCUAGUAACUAGCUCCAAUAAGGGGAAAGAUUUGUCGUUUUUCGCCGAUUCCGAUGAACGUUUUCGUUCAGCAAUUUAUCGUGGCAAAGUGGCGAGUCGUGUUCUCCGCUCAUCGCGUUCUCUCGUCUCUCCUUUUUUUUUUUUGUUUCUUUUUUCUUUUUUUCUUUUUUUUUUUUGUUUUUCUCUCGCAACGCGUCGUUACGAACUGUCGCAAUAAAACGGCUCGUAAAAUCGGCACGGAAUAACCGUCGGUAAAAUGUCAGAGUCUCUUCAGAGCAAGCGAGUCGUCCGAACGCAACGAACUUCUCUCCCUUUCUCUCUUUCUCUCUCUCUCUCUAUCUCUUUUUCUCUCUCUUUCUCUCACGUAUUGUCCGCCAUUCUGUUCGGCGUGGAAUCCCACGCGAAUCGCCGUUUCAUUAUUGUCUCUGCGUACCGAACAAAUCUCGAAGUACCUAGUAGAAUCAUUUUGAUAAUUGGCUCACCCAUUUGAAGUCUUGAUGAGCCGCGUUUCUCGUUUCUACGUGUAUAUUUUCACUACGUUUUUAUACCGGCCAUUAUUCUCGUCGACUUGCUAUAGUGUAAUGUUCUAUUUUCUCCAAGGGAUUAAAUAUUCGAUC